AUCCAUAAACACACACACAGUUGUAGCAUAGUGUGUGUAUAUGUGUGAGUGUAUUUGAAUGACCAUGCCACAUGAGAACUCCCCACUGCUGACCUGCGGACUCUCAGGCCUCCUCUCAGGGUUGGGUCAGGAUGGACAGGACGAGCCCCUGGACGUGGACAGCAGCCUCGGCGACCCUGCCGCAUCGAGGACGCGCAACCUCAACACGUUUUUCGGCGUGAUCGUGCCCACUGUGCUGUCUAUGUUCAGCAUUGUGCUCUUCUUGCGGACAGGCUUUGUGAUUGGCCACGCUGGGUUGUUCCAUUCUCUCAUUAUGCUAGGUGUGGCCUAUGUGAUCAUCGCCAUGACGAUACUGUCCAUUUGUGCCAUCUCCACCAAUGGGGCGAUACAAGCUGGCGGGGCUUACUUCAUGAUCAGUCGCUCUUUAGGCCCAGAGUUUGGGGGCAGCAUUGGGCUCAUGUUCUAUUUGGCCAAUGUGUGUGGCUGUGGAGUCUAUGUACUAGGACUAGUGGAGGCUAUCCUGGACUCAUAUGGACAAGAAGCAGGUUCCUCAGCUGCAGUGUUGCCUGGAGGCUACUGGUUUGGUGUGCUCUACUCGUCUGUGGUGUUGUUGGUGUGUAUGCUGGUGUGUCUGGUCGGCUCUCACCUGUACACCCGAGCCUCUUUCAUCAUUCUUUUGGUUGUCACGGUUACACUUCUGUCCGUCAUCAUCAGCACCCUGGUGCUGGGACCAAUCCCCAUCAGCCUGAACCAUCCAGGGGAGACGCCCAACUCAACGCAUGUCUAUAACACCAGCUACACAGGCUUCAACCUCACUACACUUAAAAACAACUUGAAACCUGGAUACACCCUGGACUACAGCACCGGUACAGUGAUGACGUUCGCUAGUGUGUUUGCAGUCAUGUUUAAUGGCUGUACAGGAAUCAUGGCUGGGGCCAAUAUGUCAGGGGAACUGAAGAACCCCAGUGUGUCAAUCCCAAAGGGCACCAUCAUUGCCGUGGCUUACACCUUCAUCGUCUAUCUCCUCCUCUUCCUUCUUGUCAGCUCCACCUGUGACAGGGUGCUGCUGGUCCAGGACUAUGGGUUCCUGCGGCGGGUCAACGUCUGGCCUCCAUUUGUCACCCUGGGAAUCUAUUGCUCCGCCCUCUCAGCAGCUAUGAGCACACUGAUUGGAGCGUCCCGCAUACUUCACGCCCUUGCACUCGACCAGCUGUUUGGCCGGCUCCUGGCCCCUGCCUCCAUUACCACUCAGGCAGGUAAUCCAUGGGUUGCUGUUCUCUAUACCUGGGCUCUUGUGCAGUGUGUAGUGUUUGCAGGUCAGCUGAACUCCAUCACCAGUCUAGUAACUGUGUUCUACCUACUGGCCUAUGCUGCAGUUGACUUGGCUUGCCUUGCUCUGGAGUGGGCGUCCGCUCCCAACUUCAGGCCCACAUUCCAGUUCUUCUCCUGGCAUUCCUGCUUGCUGGGGAUUGUGGGUAGUGUAGUCAUGAUGUUUGUAAUUGAGCCUCUGUUCUCCUCAGCCAGCAUAGCUCUUCUCCUGCUGCUGCUCCUCUUCAUUCACUACAGAUCAGCCACCAGCAGCUGGGGAUACAUCAGCCAGGCGCUCAUCUUCCACCAGGUGCGUAAGUACCUGCUGAUGUUGGAUGUGCGGAAGGAGCAUGUGAAGUUUUGGCGGCCCCAGGUACUGCUGAUGGUAUCCAACCCACGGUCCUCCUGUCAGCUCAUCUCAUUCAUCAACCAGCUCAAGAAAGGCGGACUGUUUGUACUGGGGCAUGUGCAUCUGGGGGACCUGGACGCCAUGACAGCAGACCCUGUGCAGGCUCAGUAUCAGCACUGGCUGAGUCUGGUGGACCUGCUGGAAGUGAAGGCCUUUGUGGACCUCACGCUCUCCUCCUCUGUGCGCCAGGGGACACAGCAUCUGCUCCGCAUAACAGGCCUGGGUGGCAUGAAGCCCAAUACACUUAUCCUGGGUUUCUAUGACAACUGCGUCCCCGAUGACUACUUCCUGCAGGACCCGGUGUUCUAUGGCGGCGCGAGCGCCCUCAAUGUGGACCUGCCCUCGCUGCAGGCCCACUUCCCGCCCGUGCGCAACCACGAGUCCUCGUGGCGCCUGAGCCCUGAGGAGUACGUGGGCAUGGUGCGCGACGCCAUCAAGAUGGGCAAGAACGUGUGCCUGGCGCGCUACUUCCACCAGCUGCAGCCGCUGGGCGGCGCCGGCGUGACGCAGCUGAUCGACGUGUGGCCGCUGAACCUGCUGCGGCCCGAGAGCGGCGGCUUCGUGGACGUGUGCAGCCUCUUCCUGCUGCAGCUGGCCUGCGUGCUCAACAUGGCCGCCGCCUGGCGCCACGCGCGCAUGCGCAUCUUCCUGUGCGUGGAGGCCGACGCGCGGGGCGAGGGGGCGUGGCCGGGGGCGGGCUGGCUGCAGAAGGAGGCGGAGCUGCGCGAGCUGCUGCAGAAGCUGCGGAUCCGCGCCUCCAUCCAGGUGGUGAUGUGGGAGGUGGGCACCACGGAGACGGCCGUGACGGAGGAGGGCGGCGGCAGCAGCAGCAGCAGCAGCCGUCGCCGGGCGGCCACGCCGGGCGGAGGGGACGUGGGGGGAGGAGGGGAGGACGGCGAGAGCGGCGGCUGGGCCCGCACCGCGCCGCACGUCUCACACGACUUCCUGCUUUCCGUCAAUGACAUGCUGCGGGAGAACAGCGCCCAAGCCGACGUGCGCUUCCUCUACCUGCCCCGUCCGCCCGCGCCCGCUGACCAGUCGCACACCUACCUGGCGCAGCUGGAGGCAGUGACCCACGAGCUGGGGCCCACCCUCCUGGUCCAUGGCCUUACGCCUGUUACAUGCACUGAGCUCUGAGGGACAGGAGGAGGGAAGGAGGGAUGCAUGGAGAGGAAAAAGGGAAAGAGUGCAAGGCUAUGCAUGAAUGAGUAUGGUGUAGGAAUGAAUGUGUGUGUGUGUGUGUGU